AUGCAUUUGGUCGACUUCAAUGAGACCGUGUCAUGUAAAAAGCGUCGAUGUCGUAGUUCAAAGAAGAAGCGAUUGAGAUUGAAGAAACGUGGCAGUUUCGAAUUGAAAACCGUGCAAUUGAGUGAAAUAAAAUGCAACAAAGACAGUCAAAUUCAAGAGUACAGCGUCAUUUCGGAUAAAAAAAUCAACCACAAUAAAGCACAAGACAGCAAUAUACAUGACCAACACCAGAAACAAAAGCAAGAGCAAAAGGAACAAGAAUUUACUCAAAAUUGCAAUAAAAUUCAGGACCUUUUGAAAUAUCAUGAUGAAAAACAUGAAGUCCAAUCGAUACUUAAACAAGAACUUGAUAUUAUCAAUCAAGAGCAAACCCACACAAGGAUUCAGGAUGGAGAAAAUGACAAUGAGGUUAAGAAUGGGGAUGAAUGCACUGGACACGACCAGGAAAUGACAAUGUACGAACGCAAACGUUGUGCCCACAUCCUUCGGAAUCAGGCUUUUUUACAGCAAGUUGGUAUGACAGCAGCUACGAUAGCAGCUCGUGAAGCAGCAGAAGCACAAAGAGAAAUAAAAAAACGGAAGUUGUUUGCUAGACGAGCAAUGAAAGCUGCUGAGCUUCAGCAGCAGCCAAUACGCAAGUCCCGACGCUUAGGCAGUGAAAAAGUGAUAUUUUCUAGUCACUCUGUCGAACUGGGUCAUCCUUUAGAUAUUCUUCUCGUGAAAAGAAUGCGUCAGCCAUAUGGCAACAAACUUUACGUGAUGGAUGCUAGUGAUGAGGAAGGUGCGACGUUCUGCAAUGAACUCGUCGGAGAUCGGGACAAGUUGGAGACGCACGUGGCUUUGAACAGCGAUGAUGAGAUAGACUAUUCGUUGGCAAAUCAUGAUGUUGUCAAGACUUUGCCAUAUCACAUUACUGCAAUGGCUUUCCUUCCACGAGCAGACCGAGUUGUUGUAGCAUGUGGGGAUGAAGAGGGUCAUAUCGCGCUUUGGUCGCCUGCUAUCGAUACCAAUAUCUCAUCAUCAGUGCUGUCGCGACCGCACGGUUAUCCUGUCAGCCAAUUGAUCUUCCCCGAUACGUCAACAUUGAUUUCCAGCAGUAUUGAUGGCACAGUGCGUGAAUUUGAUCUCGGCGCCGCGAAAUCUUCAUCACUCUGUGACAUAAGUGAUGAAACUGGGAUUACCUCACUAAUUGGAUCGGGUAGUCCUCAAUUCUACUACGCCAGCUGUGAGGACGGUACUUUACGUCUAGUUGAUCGCCGAGCGCGGAAGGCGCAUGGUACGACUUUUGCACUGCAUAAGAAGCGGAUCAACUCGGUGGAUCAGCAUCCAAGUCUCGACUUCUGCGUUGCAACUGCUUCUCUUGAUGGCACCGUGUGCUUGUGGGAUAAGCGUACGAUCUCUUCCACAAAUUGCGUUCCUCUGGCACAAUUGCAACAUAAGAACAUGAUGCAUUCAGCGCAUUUCUCUCCGAAUGAUGGAUUUUGGCUUGUGACGGUGGCCAACGAUUCGUAUAUUGAUAUGUACGACACGUCAAGUCUCAUUAAGUGCAGGACAUCCGAUGCUCAGCUCACACUACCCCAGUCGAUCCGCAUUCCACACACGACUUGGACAGGGACAUCAACGAAGCUUCGUCCAGCAUGGGAUCCCAAGAGAAUAAACCGAUUCGUGAUCGGAUGUGUGGAUCAACCAUCCAGAUUACAAUUUUUUCGCGUUGGACACCCGUACCCCAUUCACGAACUUCAAACUGUCAAUUAUACUGGCUUCGAUUUGGUAAAUCUGUAUCAUCCACAUGUCGAUGUCAUUGCAAGUGGUAACCAGAAUGGACAAGUAUCACUCUGGCGAAGGAAUAUAUAA